GAAAAGUUUAUUUCCUCUUGCAGUAAAAAUCAGUGACUGGCUCUGUGCUUUUGAUCAAGAGGACAAAAGGGUGUUUUUCACCAAAUCUGCCACAAUGCCUGGGUCCCUUCCGGUGAACGCUGAAUCCUGUUGGCCAAAAGAUGUGGGAAUCGUUGCCCUGGAAAUCUACUUUCCCUCCCAGUACGUCGACCAGACGGAGCUGGAGAAGUUCGAUGGGGUGGAUGCUGGCAAAUACACCAUUGGGCUCGGYCAGUCCAAGAUGGGCUUCUGCUCCGACCGGGAGGACAUCAAUUCUCUCUGUUUGACUGUGGUGCAGAAGCUCAUGGAGAGGAACAGUCUUUCCUAUGACUGUAUCGGGAGAUUAGAAGUUGGAACGGAGACAAUAAUUGACAAAUCAAAGUCGGUAAAGACUGUCCUGAUGCAACUCUUUGAAGAAUCUGGUAACACAGAUGUGGAAGGGAUCGACACCACAAACGCCUGCUACGGAGGCACCGCUGCUCUCUUCAAUGCCAUUAACUGGAUCGAGUCCAGUUCCUGGGAUGGCCGCUACGCGCUCGUCGUCGCCGGGGACAUCGCCGUUUACGCCACCGGCAACGCCAGGCCCACGGGGGGAGCCGGAGCCGUCGCCAUGCUCGUCGGCCCAAACGCGCCUCUCAUCUUUGAACGAGGGCUGCGUGGGACCCACAUGCAGCAUGCCUAUGACUUCUAUAAGCCAGACAUGGUGUCCGAGUAUCCUGUAGUUGAUGGCAAGCUGUCUAUACAGUGCUACCUCAGUGCCUUGGAUCGCUGCUACACAGUCUACCGCAACAAGAUCCAUGCCCAGUGGCAGAAGGAGGGGACAGACAGACGUUUCACCUUGAAUGACUUUGGGUUCAUGAUCUUCCACUCUCCUUACUGUAAACUGGUGCAGAAAUCUGUGGCCAGGCUGUUGCUGAAUGACUUUCUCAGUGACCAGAACCCCGAAACAGCACAUGGUGUCUUCAGUGGUCUGGAGGCUUUCAGGGAUGUUAAACUGGAAGAUACCUAUUUUGACAGAGAUGUGGAAAAAGCUUUUAUGAAAGCCAGUGCUGAGCUCUUCAAUCAGAAAACCAAAGCCUCCCUGCUUGUGUCCAACCAGAACGGGAAUAUGUACACACCAUCCGUCUACGGCUGCCUCGCUUCCCUUCUAGCCCAGUACUCCCCGGAGCAGCUCGCCGGGCAGAGGAUCAGCGUGUUCUCGUACGGCUCGGGCUUCGCCGCCACGCUCUACUCCAUCAGAGUGACGCAGGACGCCACGCCAGGUUCUUCCCUGGACAAAAUAACCGCCAGCCUUUCUGAUCUUAAAACAAGACUCGACUCAAGAAAAUGCAUUGCCCCUGAUGUCUUUGCUGAAAACAUGAAGAUUAGGCAGGAAACGCACCAUCUGGCCAACUACAUUCCGCAGUGCUCGGCAGACGAUCUCUUUGAGGGGACGUGGUACCUGGUGCGCGUGGAUGAGAAGCACCGGCGAACGUACGCGAGGCGCCCGCUGCUGGGCGACGGGCCGCUGGAGGCCGGAGUCGGCGUCGGCCACCCCGKCGUGGUCCAUGAGCACAUCCCAAGUCCAGCUAAGAAAGUGCCAAGAAUCCCUGCAACAACAGAAUCGGAAGGCGUUACUGUUGCCAUUUCCAAUGGGGAGCAUUGAGAUACCUCUGUGAGGUGGGGAAUGAAAAAGGUGUGAGGGUAGGAUGAAAGAGAGAAAACAGAUUAAAAUAGUKUGAUGUUUCACUGUACAGUAAAUCUUAAUUAGUCAGAGCAUGGGAAAACUGUCUAAACUCCUUUGAUGAGAUUCAUUUUAAUAUGGUGUGAUAUUUAUAGUGUUGUCAGAACACUAAGAUCAUUAAUAUACUGGAGAUGCAGGGACUUGCCAGGGUCUUUGUGGGUUCCUUAACAAACAUAUCUGACUUUUUUUUAAUUUGCUGAGCUGUAGCUGUGUUCUGUUACAAGACUUUUGUAUGUAGAAAAUCUUCUGCCUGCCUUUUCCAUGUAAAAUGACUUGAAACUUCAACUGUUAACAACUUGUAUUCAAAAGUGUAUGGCAAAACAGUGUAAGCUYUUAAGGGUGGGGAUCUCAGUGCCUUGACAAGGAGCAGGCCCCCUUCUGAAUAGGGCAUUUCACAUCCCCCUCCUGCUCCAGCUGCAUCAUUGCUUGGGAAAAGGUUUAGAAUAGAGUGGCACUGAUUAAGGGAAUAGAGUCUCUGUCCCCUGUCAAAGGGGGACAACUGGAUUAAGAACAGCUAGACGACAGGUUUAGUGAUUUUUUUUUUCGUUUGUUUUUUAAGAACUCCUCUGUAAAACUGACUGUGUGAGUUGCCGUUAMUUCCUUCUCGUACUGUGUGCUUUAUACGUGCAGUAUAAAUCGCUGUGCUGUGGAAGGGAUGAGRAAUGAUGAGAGAUGCAGGUUUUUUGUUUGUUUGUUUUUUUCUUUUUUUUUUUUUCUUUUCUCCAUCCAGAGAACUAAAGGCAGUAUUUUCUGGGUUCAUGAAUUUGGCACCUUUUAAGAUUAUUUAACAGUAACUGAAGAUUAAGUAUUUAAGACAUAAGUUUUUCCAGAUCUUCUGGAGCUGUUUUAAAUGGAAGUCUAAGGAAGGGAGGAGGAUCAGGUUGUCUGGAACCUUGGCCUCUCAUUAGUCUUUAUAUAUACAUUUUUAGUGACUAUUUCUAACUCUGAAUCUGGCUUCAUAUGUUGAAGUUCUUUCUAGUAGUGUUGUAGUAUAUGUGUGAGGUUUAGUCUUUUUUUUUUUUUUUUUCCCCAACUAAAAGCUAGCAAUCUUGCAAGUGGUACGUGCACAGCACCAAUGGGGAGUCCAGCCUGGUAGGAUAUUAAAGUCCAGAUUGGAAAUGAACUAUGCCAUGAGCCUUGUAAGCUUGUAAUAUAUAUUUAAGUUGAGUUAAUGUACAGAACAAAGUCUUGUUGAGUUUUAUUCCUUUGUCUCAUUCUACAAAGCUGCAUUACUUAAUAUAAAGUGGCAGAAGAAAUGGAUUUGUUAAAUUUCAUUUUUUUGGUGUGAUGAAGUGUUGUACGAUCAGUCACUCAUGAGGAUUUGGUAACUUUUGCUGGAUUUGUACAGAGCAGCCUUGGUACCUAGUUGUUCAUUAUGCCUGCUGGGUGCUCCCGGGUCCGUUGGCGAGCAAGGCCGCGGGAAGGGAGCGGUGCGAGCCCCGGGCCUGGGGCCCUCGUGCCCCUUCCCCUGGCACCGCAACAACCGGUUGCCCUGGAACACAGUCCAUUGCUGGCAGUGGACAAGCCAAGGACUGAGCUGCUGGCACAAAAUAUUAACUGCA